UUGUGGGAGGAUUCACACCAGCUCGUGUUUUCAGCGGAUAGUUUUAUAAGAGCAGAUGCUGAAUGAAUGAAGAAAAUGCUUUGCAUGUUUGUUUUGUUCUGUUUGUACUGGACUGGUGUGUUUGCUGCUGAAACAACUGAAAUACAGUCAGUGUCAGUGAUGGAGGGAGAUUCUGUCACUUUACACAUUGAUGCUGCUGAAAUACAGAAAGAAGAAAAUAUACUGUGGAAAUAUGGAGCUGAAAAGCAUAUUAUAGCUGAAAUCACUGCGGGAAUCUUCUCUACAUAUGAUGGUACUGAUGAGAGAUUCAGAGACAGACUGAAGCUGGACGAUCAAACUGGAUCUCUGACCAUCACAAACAUCACAACUGAACAUGCUGGAAUUUAUGAAGUAAAGAUAAGUGGAUCAAAACUGACAACAAGAAUAUUCAAUGUUUCUGUCUAUGCUCGUCUGCCUGUUCCUGUCAUCAGCAGUAACUCUUCACAAUGUUCUUCAUCAUCAUCAUCAUCAUCAAUUUGUUCAUUGGUGUGUUCAGCUGUGAAUGUGAGUCAUGUGACUCUCUCCUGGUACAAAGGAAACAGUUUAUUGUCCAGCAUCAGUGUGUCUGAUCUCAGCAUCAGUCUCUCUCUACCUCUGGAGGUGGAAUAUCAGGAUAAAAACACCUACAGCUGUGUGCUGAACAAUCCCAUCAGCAACCAGACUCAACAUCUGGACAUCACUCACCUCUGUCACACAUGUGCAGAUCAGACUGAUUCAAUCACUUCCUCUCCUCCAGUCUCGGUCUCUCUGAUAGUGUUGAUCUCUGCUGGAUCUCUGUUGAUUAUAACUCUGUUCGGGAUCUUCUGGAUCUGCAGGAAAUGUAGAAAAACAGACCAAAGAGCUGAAGAGUACAGUCAUGUGGAGUAUGUGUCUGUCAGCAUGAGGAGAUGA